AGGAGUAUGCCAGUAAGCUGUGUUGGGAGGCCAUGAAAAUUCACGAGAGAGAAAACACAGACUUGUGUAAGGCAGUGAAGAGGCUUGCUGCUGAGGUGAGAAAAAAUGGACCCAAGUUUUCAUGGGAAUUCAUAGACGAAAAGCAGAAUGGAAAUGGUACUAAAAUGCGUAGUAAGAGAGCCAGAAGCUUUCUGUGCACAGCAGCAUCACUUGGAAUGUCUCUUACGUGCCAGACUGGUCUUGAAGACUUCCACCUUCAUCCCCUACCAUCAGAGAAUCAUCCUGUGGAACUUUCACUAGAAAGACAACAGUUUGAAACUUUAUACACAUUACUUAGAGAUCUUCACAUGCCUCUAGUUUCCCUUAUGAAAAAUGAAGACCUUCCUCAAACUCUUUGUCAAGAAGUUGAACUGGCUGAACUGGAGCAAUUAAAAGUGUUAUUGAAAAGGUACACUAAUAAUAAUAAGUUUUCGGACUUAGUGAAGCAAGUUGAAGCUGCUUACCGUGGUCAGGAGGUCACUUUGGAAAACACUAUUUUGAUUGCUAUAUCUCGCCUAGGGUUAGUAUCGCUAUUUUUCAAAUUAUCUAACAAAAUAAAUGAUGUUAAUGUCAAUAGCAUUGUCGAUGAACUUACAGGAACUAAGAUGCUACAUGUGGCUGCUCUCUACGGCCGUCUGGGCAUGAUUGAAUAUCUGCUGUAUAAUGGAGCCGACAUACAGGCAGAAGAUAAAAGAGGACUAACGGCGGCACAUCUAGCUGCUGUUAAAGGUAAUAAAGAAUGCCUGGAGUACCUGCAUGAUUACAUGACUAAAAAGGGGAUAAGGUCAAAAAUUCCUUCGGACGAACAUCCAACAGCUGAGCAGCUACUCAGCGGUUACGAAAACUAUGUAAAAGAUUUUAAUUUGGUACUCCUGCCUGAAGAAUAUAGACAAGAAAUUCUGAGUGAACCUCUCUUUGCUACUAAAGCAAGACUAGUACUGAAGAAAAAGGAAUCAGAGCUAAAAAUCUCAGAUCUUGAGUCGCUGCGAAAAUAUGCUUGCAAGUGGAACAUGGAAAAAGGUGAAAUCAGAAUGCAUAUGCUUCAAGAAGAGAUAGGGCGCUUCUUGCAAGAAGUUGGAAAAGCUAAUUCUCUUUUCAAUGGAUUUUUUUUUACUUCAUCCCAGAAAGCCAAGAAAACGUGCAAACCUGUAGAUUCAUUGGAUGUAUACUUGGAGGUCAACAGUGGACAAUUCGGAGACUAUAAGAUAGAACACAACUAUGCUGAUCCAUGUAUAGUAACUCUCAUCCCUCUCAACAGUCAAAAAAGUUCAGGAGCUUCUUUCUUGAAUGAUGAGUUUGAAAAGACAGUAAGACAGACUCUGGAAACUUACGUUUUUGAGUUAUCAACGAUUUGGUUAAUAUAUCCUUGGUUGACAGUGACAGAUAUAGGGCUCUCGAUAUAUUUAGUAUGGCACUAUAAAGAAAAGACUGCCUCACAUGAUCAGGAAAGAACUGCUUUGCUUAAAAUAAAUAUCGUACCUGUGAUAAAACUAGAUUAUCAAAAAGAUAAUUACGAGAUCACUCUUCCUCCCUUUUUAAACGGCUGCAUAACUCCUCAUAUCCCUGUCCAUUUGGCCAGCAGCAGGAAGGGUACCUGGACCUAUGUUCUCACACAAAUGGAAAAUUGGAUAUACAGCCAGCUGCCAGAAAGGAAGAAGACAGUAUACGUGGCGUGCAAUGUGCUGUGUAAGAUAUUGCGAAAUUGCUGGUGGUUUCCGGUGCAACAUAGUCGUCGCCAUGGUCGAGCUUGGCACUGCUACUCUCUUGGUAUUAAGACUGUCUCUGACAGACUUCUUAGGUCACUCUUCCUCGAGGAGCUGAGAGACUCACAGGAAGUGGACUGGGAGCCUUCCAAGUUCUUGGAUCGUAUGAUAUCAACAUUCAAGAGAGCCACUUUCUUGAACAUCGAUGGAAAAUUACAACCAAAGAAGCAACUUCGCCUCAUUUUAGACCCUCUUCAUUCAUCCCAGGAUGCAAACUUCAUUGUCACCGCAGUUGUGGAUUACCUUGAGAAGCUGAAGUGUCAGUUUGAAGAAUACUAA